AAAAAUCCAGCGUGGCGUACAUGAAGGCACACACUCGUUGUACGGCGUCUCGACCGUUCAGACCUGAGCUCUUGUCGUCCCUGAAAUACUUCACCUGUGCGCCCGCUAUCUUUCAAAGUCACCUGUCCUUGAACCUCAAGAGAAUGAUGUCCAUCAAACUGACAAUGGUGUUAUUGUUCCUGGCUGCAAUGAUGGUGUGCUGUUACGCGUCGGGCAAGAUCCCUUUUCCUUAUUAUCAGCGACCCCCUUACCGAUACCCGUACUACGACAAUGACGGGAAAGGACAUUUGUACUACGGAUACGGCGAUUCCAAACUCUACACUUACAACAAAUUCACGCCGCUCGAAGGAAUCUACCGUCGUUAAUUUUUUUCUGGCAAAUCCUUCGCGGUUUGAUUUGAAAUUCGUGAAAUGUACAUAACUGCAAACUGCCUAUCAUUCAUUUUGUUUUAAAAAACAAAUAACAAAAACAACAUACAGCUGGAAUGCUAUUUGUUUAGCUAACCACGCAAUAAACUUUAGCAGUGUCUCCAUUCCACUGCUAUAAAUGUA